AUCACGUCGACGUGACGUCAACAUAAUGUCGUUGUGAUGGUUAAAGCAUUGUUAGUCAUAUUAGAAUGUUGUUUACUGAAAUUUUUCUUCCAUUUAAAUAUUUAUACACAAAACGUAAAAAGCCAUACAUGUACUAUGUACGUAGUAGGAUAUAACUAGAAUAACAAUCUUUUAUGUAGCUGUAUUAUAUCAAUCUUCAUUUAUAUAUGCAUAUAAAACUCUUUUAGUAGCUAAUUAGAUUUUUGACAAAAAUGUCGUUUUAAAUUAAUUACUUUUUUUCGCAUGUUAGAUUUAUAAACUUUUUUUCGCCUAUUAGAAAGGAUUGAUGAGUUAAUUACGUCUACAUAUAUAUGCUGAAAAAUUUGAACUAUGAAGUCGCAUCUUAUCUUUCUAUAAACGGAAAAAAAGCAGAUAUAUUUACAAAUUGCUACGUAAUACAAUUGGUAGACCAAUUAGUUGUUUACCCGUACACGGUUAAAAUAUAUUAUGUCUUAAAGUGAUAUAUAUAUCAAGAAACACUAUUUUGUGCAAUUUUGUCAGCAAAUGAAGGAUAAUUGGUGCAUUUCUGCAAGCUAUGGGGAAUUUGGCAGAGGAUCUUGCCUUUGUGUUAAUCAUAUGCGCUCAUCAAGGAGCAGUAACUUUGGCAAAACCAUGCAGCUUGAAGAACAACACCGUAACCGGUAGCUUGAAUGAACGCUGUGAAGAGUCGGUGAUUCCCAAAGAUGAUGGAGACUUCCAGACUGAAGGCGAACACCCUGAAGAUCUUUCUGGAAUAACGAGCCACACUGUGUAUACGAUAGUGAUAGUUCUUGGCAUGGUACUGAUACCAAUAGUCGCACUUACUAGAAUAUGUUGGCUUAGGAAACUUCAGAGGCAGAGAAACGAAACUAUAAAUGAAGUGAGGCAAAUUGUUGACCAGCGCUUUCAGGAAGAGCAGAGGAGAAGAAGUGGGAUUUUCAGCAUAAAUCUGUCAAAUGUACCUUUCGAAGAUAUAUUUGGAAAGCUUCCAUCAUACCAAGAAAGUCUUGCAAAUCCUUGCACUGGGAGUCCCCCACCCUAUGAUCAACCACCAUGUUACAAAGAAAAGGAAUCCGAUGAAAAUGGCAAUAUAACGAGUGAUUGUACAGGAGAACAAGAUCAAGUUCCUUCGACAAGCUCAGAUAGUUAAGGCGUAUUUGAAAAGUGGGCUUACAUUUGCUUUAUAGCUCAAAUGGCCGAGCUAUAGAUUAGCUUUUGAGUUUAAAUUGGUCAGAGUGGCCUAUUAGCUCAAUGACAAUGAAGCCAAAUAUAUUAUGAUCUCGGAUAAAUGAAAGAGUUAUAUAUUGAUAAGCUGAGUUCAAUACUGGAGUUUUACUGGAAACGUAACUGUCUGGGAGUUAUAUAUAUGAACUUAUCAAGUCUUAAGAGCACAAAAGAGAGCAACUGAGACCAUAGGCAGAGGUUUGCAUAUGAGCUAAAAAGCAAAUUUGAUUUUGAGCUCAGAUGAUAGAGAGGCAUAUGUGCUUAGGUGUGAGAUAGAUGACUUGUACAUUUAAGCUCAAAACCAAAGAAUGAGAUUUGACUAGCAAAUGUGAACUGACUGUUGUAGAAAAUCUUUCACCGACACAGUUAAGAGGUAAAAAGUCAUUAAGAAAACACAGAAAAUCAUAAAAACAUAGUGGCAUACAUAAAGAUGAACAUGUAUAUUUAUUAUGGAAAAGAAGAAACGGACAUUUUAAACUAGUUUGUUAAAAACUGCCUGAUUCCAAUGCCUGCUGUUGAAGCGAAUAUGUUGUUGUUAUGAAACUCAAAAUAACACACUUGCACUCCUAACAAUGGGAAGCGCAAAUACAUGUCACGUUUUGCACAUGCAGUAAAGGAGUAGGGGUUCAAAUAUGUUUACUUCAUCGUCUUGUCUAUUAAAUUCAUUUGUGAUUGAUUGAUGGAAUACUUUUAACUAGUUAACCAUUAUACUGAUAUCAAUGUUGGCAUCAUAAUGUUCUUAUAUUUGAAGCUAGACUUCAAAAUCAGUAUCAUAGUUUUCUUGUUCAAUAAAGGAAACAAAAAUUAUAACAUGUUAACAUGUUUUAUUGUAAAAUGUUUAAUUUUCAAAGUUUCUAGUAACAGGGCAUUACUCGGGUAAAUUGACCGCAGAAUACAACAGAAAUACUAGCGGAAAAACCUUUAAACUCAACAACAUUCGGACCUGAUUUUAAGCUUUUUUUAUUGCAGAUUUUCUCUGCGUUUGUUGUAUUCGUAAAUGAAUUAAAUAAUUAGGUAGUAUAUUAAUAACAUUAUAAAAUGUGAACUUUCAAAAUGUAUAAAAUGUUUAUUUUCUGUUAUACGUGCAAUCUAAGCUUGAGUAAAAAAGAUAAAGAUGUCAACACGUAAAUAAAGAUGAUUAUUGGCGGUUAAUCAAAACAGAAUCGUAGCUGAAGUCGAGUAGAUUUUGCGUUUGAUAAUUAAAAUGUAAAUACCAUCUCAUUUUGUUGGUGACCUUGGGCAUAAAAUCCCUUACAAAAUAAAACUUUACUUUAACAA